ACUUUCAUUAGUAUUCCAACCGUAUCCAAGCGAGGAACUCCGGGAAGAUCUCCGUCGUGAAACUCAGCGAAGGAUAUAAAUAUGGGUGAUUUAAGUGUCGUGUACGAGCCGCCUCCUGGUGCCAGGAACCGUGCGAACAGUGUCCGAGAGUUUUACAAAGAUGCUACAAUCUUGCUUACCGGUGGAACUGGAUUCAUUGGGAAAGCGUUACUCGAAAAACUGUUGCGAUGUUUCGAGGUGAAAACGGUGUUUCUGCUGAUACGGGAAAAGCGCAACAAGACAGCGGACGAGCGUCUCGAGGAGGUGUUUGAAGAUGUGGUAUUCGACGCCAUCAAAGCUACUCCGAACGGUGGUAAGCCUCUGCUCGCGAAAGUGAUCCCAAUUGAGGUUAACUUUCAGUCGGAUGUGGUCAUAUCAUCUGCCGAUUACCAACGAUUGGUUGCGGCCCAUGUUGAGAUUGUGUUUAACGUGAUGGCGUCAGUGAAGUUCAACGAAGACAUCGAAACGGCAAUCGAUACGAACGUACUUUCCUCUCGCAAGUUGUUCCUGCUAGCCCAACAGCUUCCCCACAUCCGAUCGAUCGUACACGUCUCGACAUUUUACUCCAACUGCCAUCGAUCACACAUCGAGGAGCAUAUCUACGAGGAUUUACCGUUCGGAGGGUUCGAAAACAUUCUUGGUCUGUUCCGCCAUCUUACCCCAGAGGAGAAGGCUCGCUUGAAGCCAAUAAUUCUGGGCCCAAUGCCCAACAGCUACACGUUCAGCAAGCGUUGUGCUGAGGUUAUGGUUCAGCAACAGUUUGCUCAGCUACCGAUCGCCAUCUUCAGACCGCCGAUAGUGACGUCCGCCUAUCGGGAACCAAUGCCCGGCUGGGUGAAUAACUUCAACGGGCCAGCCGGGAUGGUGGUACCGGUAAUACGUGGUCAGAUUUACUGGUGCUACGGAAUAGCCGAUGCCACGGUUCAUAUGGUUCCAGUUGACUAUUGUGUCAAUGCACUGUUGGCCGUUGCAUGGGAUAACUGUCAACGGAAGCAAAUCACUAAACCUGCCACGGACGAGGCUGUCCCGGUGUAUAACUACGCUUUUCGGGAAAAUGUGUUCCAGAACCGAGAUAUUGGGGCACUGCUUGCGCUUGGAAUCAAUUCUACACUUGGACGGAUAUUUGGUCGCUACACUAUUCACGUCACAUCUUCAACCUUCAUGAGGAAACUGUUUAUCCAUUGGUUACUUCUCCAAGCCUGCGUUGUGGACAUUUACAACAAAUUUAUCGGCAAAAAGGCAAAAAACUUUGAAACUAUCAAGCGAGUGGUGGCACUCGAGGACUCUACAAGCUACUUCCGCUGUCACUCUUGGACAACCGAAAACGCUAAUAUCCGGACACUGUGGGACCGGUUACCGAUGGAAGAACAACAACUACUACCAUUCGACGUAGAAACGCUUGACUGGAAGGACUACUUCCGAUUUUUCGUUCCCGGCGUAGCUGCUGCACUGAGCCGACAAUCGCUAGCAAGACAACGGAUGCGUGAGCAAUUUGGUUAACUCUCCUUUAUUAGCCCUCUAAUCGCCUAUCAAUCUCAUCCAUACCUUUUU